UUUAGCAAAUGUUUUCCCUUGGGUUUAUUAGUAAGAGCUGUCACAUUUAAAGAGGCCUUCUUUACUUUUACGCUAUUAGUUCUCAUGUAGGAGAACCACAGGAGGAAACAGAGGAACAUUCAGCAGAGUGAAAUAUAAACUUUGCCUUAACAUCAGGAUGUCUGCUCCUGUCUCAGGUAGGAAGACCCCCGUGGACUAUGGCGUACAGAUUCGCUUUAUAAAUGACCUGCAGGACACCGGAGGGGGAGUGAGUGGGCAGCCUCGGAAAGAGCCGUCAAAAAAGCCUCCGAAAAAGCCACCGUCUCGCUAUGGAGUGGCAGUGAGGGUGCAGGGCAUUGGUGGGCAGCCCUAUGUUGUACUGAAAGAGGGAGAAAAAGGAGAUUCAUAUGGAGUACAGCUGAGAUCCCAACCACCUGCUUACAGCAGCCUGCCUAGGAGGAGAGAGGAUGGGGUAAUCCAGGGGCCGUAUUUCUCGUCUGGAGGGAACACCCCCCUGCGUCGGGCUCAAUCUCAUGGCUCCCUGUUGGAUAGAGAAGACGGCAGCGAAGACUUCACAGAUCAACUCCGACGUCCGCUUGGAGAUGGACGCUCCGGUAGCUACGGAAACCUGGAUGGAGGUAUUGGUAUGGGAGCAGACAGGGAGCUGCCCAGAGAAAGGAUGGAGAGAAAUCAGUGGGGUGGAUCCUACCAGACAGGGCUGAAUGGCACUUUAGGAAGAGGGAGAGCUGGAGGCAGUCAUCACACCUCAUCAGAAUCAGUCGAAAUAUCUCCAUACAACCAGCACACUCACAGCCAAUCAGCUCCCAACUCCAUCCGUCAGACGCCUGCCCACAGACUGCACAGCUCUGCAGCACAGGCGGGUAACACUGGGACCAACACCAAGGGGCGCUAUCCCAUCCCAAAAGCAGACAACAGACCCACCUCAACCUCACCGUUACCCGCUCCAUCUCUCAUCCUAAACACAUACUCUUCACCGCAGUCUUCCUCACCUGCUUCUGCCUACAGCAGCCUGGGCCGUGGCUCAAGUUCUGUCGCCAAGGUCACGGCUGUCUCUUCAUCUGCUUCAGUUGAUGGACAUGUAACUCCUGACCUUUUGAUGGACCAGGGUCAAAGUUCAGGGUCAGAGUUCUCAACUGAAGAUCAGAUACAGCAGAUAAUCUACGAUGUUCUACGUCAGGGGAGUACAGAGGGAGUUGCUGUCAUUAAGCACAGAGUUCGAGUCAUCUGUAAUAAAAUUCAAGGACUGAAGGUGAACAGAUCUGAUGACUCCUUGAAGGAGGAGCUUGAGAAAUGUCUGGAUGAAAAUGUACAGCUGCAGGAACAUCUGGGACGGAAGAAUACAGAGCUGCACCAAACACAUUCAGAGCUAACUCAGUUACGAAUGGACAGAGAGAAUGCAGAAUCUCAUGUUAGAGAGAUGGAGGAUCAGCUGGCAGGACUACAGGAGGAGCUGAGGAGAGAGACAGACAACAAAGCUCAGGCUGACACUAUGCACAUGGAGUUGAUGGCAGUGAGAGGUGAGUUGGCCGAAGCUGCAGCGCUGUGUCAGAAGCAGGAGGAUAUUCUGAGGCAGAGAGAGAGGGAGCUGACUGCUCUAAAGGGGGCAUUAAAGGAUGAGGUCUCCACACAUGACAAGGAGAUAGAGGCUCUCAGAGAGCAGUACAGCCAAGACAUGGAGAGACUACGAGCAAGCAUGGAGCAGGUUUCACAGUCUCAGGCAAGUAUUGAAGCCGAGCGCCACCGUGUAAACUCUACGGUAAGGUCUCUUCAGCAGCAAUUGGAGGAGAGCAGAGAUGAGGGACAUCACUGGAGAGAGCAGUUUCAGUCCAGCAGAGAAGAGCUACGCAACACCAAACAAGAGUUACUCCAGGCUCGUAUGGAGAAAGAGGAGUUUGAGGAGGAGCUGAAAGAUCUGCAGGAGAAAGUCAACACAAUGAAACAGCAGAUCCCAGAUCCCAAACAGACCCAGACAGUCAACCAGGAACUUGAGCGUUGUCGUGCUGACCUACAGAAGGCCCAGGCAGAUAUGGAUAAAUUAAGAACAGAUCUUGACAAGAAGACAAUGGAAAUUGUGUUAUUAAAGAAGAGCAAACAGGAGCUUGAAGCAGAGCAGAAAUAUGAGAUUGACAGAUUGAGGGACCAGUCAUGCAGAGAUAAAGAAGAGCUGACUAAAGCUCAUGAGAAGGCCAAACAGCUAGCAGAACCUUCAUUGGUGGAGGCCCUGCACAAGGAGUUGAGUGACAUGCAAGAAGAGGUGAGCCGACUGCGCAGUCAGCUGCUCUCAACUGAAGAAGAGCUGCAGGCGGAGAGAGACAAACUCAGCUCUGCUCAAACCCAAGUAAACAAUCUGACACAUGAGCACAAGGAACUCAAGGAAACCAAUGCGCGUAUAAAGGAGAGAAUCAUACGCCUGGAGUCUCAGCUGCAGGAGCGCACGUCUCAGAGUAUUGAGGCUGAACAGGAGCAGCAGGAGGAGACCAGGAAACUGAGACAGCAGCUGGAGGAGUCCAGGCGUGAGAACUCCAGACUGGGUGUAGAGCGGGAUGAGCUGGCUCGUAAUCUUAAAGAGAAGGAGAAGGACAGAGACGCUGUCCGCAAGGAGUACACACAGCUCGAGGACCAAAAGAGGCUGCAGGAGAGAGCACUAGACAAACUCAAUAAAGAGAUGGAGCGCUUGUCUGCAGCAUCCCGUGAGGAGGUGCGGCUCCUGCAGGCUCAGCUGGACGAACAGAAAGAGAAGUGGAGGAAAGAGCAGCAGGACUUACAUAAAAACACCAAAGAGAAGCUUAGUGAGCUGGAGAGAGCACAGAGCACCAUUCAUUCCCUACAGGAAGAGUUGGCCCGUCAAAAGAAAGAGCUGUUCUCAAGUUAUGAGGAUCGAGACAAUGCUUUAUUAGAUAAAGAGAUGCUCACCAACCGCCUCAAACAUAUGGAGAGUGAGAUCGAGACACAGCGUACCACACAAAACGACCGCUCGCGAGAGAUCCGCAGCUUGGAGGACAAAAUCAAGCACCUGGAGCUUGAGUUAGACGAGGAAAAGAACAAUGCAGAGAUGCUGACAGAAAGAAUCACCAGGAGUCGAGAUCAGAUUGAACAGCUGCGUGCAGAGCUCAUGCAAGAACGAUCCUCCAAACAAGACCUGGAGCUGGACAAAAACGCUCUGGAGAGACAGAUAAAGGAUUAUAAAUCUCGUGUAGCUGAGAUGGAGGGCCAGUCACGUUCCUCUACUGGUGUGUCUCAGCUGGAGAGCAAAAUCCAGGAUGUCGAGGAACGGCUGCGUGCAGAGGAGAGAGAGAAGAACUCUGUGCUGUCCUCUCAGAGGCGUGUGGAGAGGAAACUAAAGGAGCUGAACAUCACCCUGGAUGAGGAGAGACAUCAGCACACAGAGCAGAGAGACCAGCUGACUCUGCGUGUGAAGGCUCUGAAGAGGCAGGUGGAUGAAGGAGAGGCCGAGGCGGAGCGGCUGGAGGGAUUGAAGAGGAAGGCCAUCAGAGACAUGGAGGAGAUGCAGGAACAGAAGGAGGCGCUGCAGUCCAAAGUCACGGCACUAGAGAAUGAACUCAAGAGGAAGAUCCAGCAGGCCAGACAGUCAGCUCUGGAGUCUUCAGUGCUCAGCUCUGAUGAUGAUGAUGAUGAUGGAUUGUACGAUCAUUCCAGCAUAACCUCCAUCCUCACCGAGAGCAACCUACAGACCAGUUCCUGCUGAAGACCGAGAUAGGAAUCUGGUAUUCCUCUUCAUUGAGGCUUCAUUCAUGGACACACAAUAACUUCAGUGCUGCUCUAAAAUUCCCACUCUUGGGCUAUAACUGCUACGCCACAGCACCAUAAUUAUAAAUCAGAUUGUUCAAUCUGAGGUUAAAGUAUCUAUAAAACAGGACGACAGCUUUUCACACACUUUGGGACACCUGACAUUUUCACUGUCAGUGAGUCAAAUAGAUUUCAGACAUGGCUUUAUUUAUCUAGACAUCAGUUCCACUUUAGAGACUUUUAUGAGAAAAGCCUUAAUGAUCCCUUUAGUAUAAAAAAUACCUUUUUAGAGGAGAUCAGUUCAGAGUUGAAGCCGUUUAGAAACUGAAUUUCACCUCAGCUCAAAUUAGCAAAGACAAUUUGAGACAUUUUUUUCGUUUAAGUAAUUAGGGGUUAAUAGAAGAAAUAAGAACUUUGAAUAAAGUGAAUUAACAGAGAUGGAGGGAAAGAAACAAGAUUUAAUUUUGUUUUAAGGGUCCUGUGACCGAUUAUGAGCACUGAUGAUUUCAUUAGGAGUGUGUUAAGAGAGACUGAUGGGAGAUGAAGGAUAUCAGGGUAUUAGAAGAAGAAAUGAACACAGCAGAGAACAUUUCUCCAAAAAUCCAGUUAGCAGAGAGAGAGACAAGUCAUCUGAAUGGGGGAAGAAAAUAAUAAAGAAGUAUAUGUAACUAUAAUUUAGUAUAGCAAUACAAAGAGAAAUACAGGUAAUAGUUCAAAACAUGCAUCUAAGGAGGAAAAUCAAGUUUUAGUUUGAAGAAAGAGAUUAUAUUUCAAUCUCUGUUUAGACUCCAGCUCUUCAUAACACACUUAUUUCCUUAUGUUUACAGAGUAAGUUCCAGGUACGAGUGAACCAGCACUACACGGAUGCAUCAGUGAUGCUAAAAUACAACAUAAUCACAAUAAAGACAUUUACAUUUCAGCCAUACUUACCUUACUACUAUGUCCGUACAAAUGCUGAACUUAAAGAAUGAGAAUCAAGUUCAGUGCUGAUGUACCUGUAGCAAAUGUAAUUUAGCAUUAUAAAACAGCAGAGCAUUUCUGAAUCAACUGCACUGUGAAAUUCUGUCUUUUCUGUUGUGCAAUUAUUGUAUAUUUUUUAGGUGAAAGCACAACUAGUGUUUCUGUUUCCACCAAAAUGAUCAAUCGUUAACCGACAGGCUAAAAGACAAAUCAGCGUUUGUUCAUUCCUGAUGGUAAAACAAUGAAAAUUAUUAAUUUUGUUUAUUUUGUUAGUUUACCAGCACAUGAUCUACUGUUUUUUACUUCAAUGUAUAAUAUUGAAGCAAAUAUUAUAUAAAGUAGCUGAAAUAACUGAUAUGUUCUAC